GCGAUAUAAUAAUGGAAAAAAAAAGUAAAAUAUUUUUUUAAAAAAACCGCGACAGUUGGUAAUAUAGUUAUUACCAAAUGCUACCAACGUAAGCAAAAAACAGUAAAAAGGAUAAUAAAAAGUUGUUGCUAACAUGAAUUCAGCAAGUAAGGUAGGUGAAAUUUUCACUGCAGCUGGUGCAGCAUUCAAUAAAUUGGGAGAAUUAACAAUGCAAUUACAUCCUACUACGGAUUCACCAGCCGGUAAAUGGACUGAUGAGGAAAUUGAGAUGCUCUGUCACUCGGUUAAGACAUUUAGUGAAGAAUUAAACAAAAUUAGCGAACACAUCAAAUGCAGAACUGUAUCACAGAUUAGAACUACAUUAAAAAAGAAAGCUUUUGAAGAAGCAGGAGUUCCUAUUAGACAGCAACAAAUUUUACAAUCUCAACAACAAUCUAAUACACAGCAACAACAAGUUCAAAAAGUACAACAGGUUUCAGGAAAUCAAGGAUUAAUGGGUAAAUCAGCUGAAGUAACGUUGAAUAUGUUAAAUGCAUCGGAAUCUGAAGUUGAUGUUGAAGGAUUACCGGAGGAAUGUCAAGUUAAGCUUGAAUUUGAAGGAGCAACGGAAGAAGUUGCUUCCUAAUAUACAGAAUAUAAUCUAUUGUAUCCUUAAUGUUAAUUUAUUAUCUUCGUUUCAAUCCAUUUUAGGUUCAGAAAUUUUAUAACAAAAAAUAAAUUUAAAAAAAAAAUUAAAAAUUUUUAUUAAAAAAAAAAAAAA